AGUUCCAGCCGGUCCACGAGUACAGUGUGUGGUCUCCAGUGCGGGUCACAGUCUGCGGUACCCGGGGGCAGCAGUACGGGUCACCUGUCGGCAGUGUCUGACCUCUGUACAGGUCACCAGUCCAGUAUCUGACCUUCAGUGCCGCAAGUCGCCAGUGGAGGUGCAGUACCGCUGCUGGGGCUGCCGUCGGCUCCCGAUCGAGCUCGGCCGAGUAUAAAUUGGUGGCCGGCGGCGGCGGCCGCUAUUGGUGCCCGGUCCCGCGCCGGCCGCAGUCUCGUCCCGUCCCGCAGCGCGGUCCGCACAGAGCCCCCAGCGCCGCGGUCCGCUGCGGCAAGGUGUCAGACGGCAGCGGCAUGGAGCGGCUGAAGAACUGGGUGGCGGGCAUGUCGUCCUGCGCGGCGGCCUCCCGGUCGCAGGCCUCACGUGAGCUGACCGAUGGAAAGGUGCGCGUCUCGGACCCGUGUCAGGCCAGGUGUCUGGCAAAGGACGCCGAGGCACACCAGACGUCUCCGAAACCGGACGGCGGAUACGGGUGGCUCAUAGUGUUCGCCUCGUUUUUGGCCCAUGUCACCAUCUACGGCGUUUCGUGGUCGGUCGGAGUGUUUAACAUCAUUUUCCUAGAAGAAUUCCAGCAAUCAAAAAGUACGACAGCAUGGGUCGGCUCUUCAUUAAACGCUCUUAUGUACACAUCGGGAAUCGUCUCGUCGGCACUGGUGCGUCGGCACGGCUGUCGACGGGUGCUGAUCGCCGGAGGGGUGCUGGCCGCCGUCGGUAUCGCACUGUCGGCGCUGGCCCACCGCCUCUUCGUGCUCUAUUUUACCUUCUCGCUGCUCGGAGGCGUCGGUCUCGGUCUCGCCUACAUCCCGGCCGUGGUGAUCGUCAGCGAGUAUUUCGAGCAGCGGCGCACCAUCGCGCUCGGCCUGGCCGUCUCGGGCGUCGGCCUCGGCGGCUUCGUCUUCCCGCCCGUCAUCAGGGCGCUGAUGGAGGUGCACUCGUGGAGGGUGGUGCUGCUGAUCAUCGCCAGCAUCGUCUUCAGCUGCCUGACCGUCUGCGGCGCGCUGAUGAGGCCGCACGGACCGCCCGACCGGACCACCGUUGGCUACCUGGCCGAGCUCCGGGAGAAUAUCGGCAUCAUGAAGUCUGUGCCGUUUGUAACGCUCUGCUUCAACAACCUGCUCUACUGUUUCGGCCUGGUGAUAGUGUACGUGCACCUGGGCGGGCUGGCGCUCUCCUCGGGCCUCUUCAGCAAGGCCAACUCGGGACUCAUCUUCUCCAUCGUCGGCGUGUCCAACCUGGUGGGCCGGGUCCUGCACGGCGUGGUGUGCCACUUCCCCCGGAUGACCACCAUCCUGGUGUACAUGAUCUCCAGCGUGGGCUCCGGCCUGGCCACCGUCCUGAUGCCCAUCUCCAGCAGCGUCACAGCGCUGGCCGUGUGCGCCUGCGUGUUCGGCUUCUGCAGCUCGUGUCUGGGCGCGCUGCUGCCGGACAUCAUCAUCCGUCUGGUGGGCGACCAUCGGCUGGGCACCGGCUACGGCCUGCUGCUGCUCUUCGAGGGCGCCGGCUCCAUGCUCGGAGGACCCGUGGCCGGGAUGCUGUUUGACUACAUGCUGGUGUACGACUACAGCUUCUACCUGUCCGGGGCGCUGCUGCUGGCCGCCGGACUGGUCAUGGUGGUGCCCUGGCGGUACACGCACUCUUGGCGGCGCGCCGAGAGCCUGUACCGGCCGGCGGGCAGCGCCGACACCGACAGUCCCCAGCGACGGGCGCGCCGAAAGGACGCCGAGGCCGGCCGACAGGGUCCCUCCGCGGACCCCUCCACCAGCCGACACGGCCCCUCGGCGGGCCCCUCCACCAGCCGAGAGGGCCCCUCCCACUGUCAGCCGUCAGAGCACGCAGAGGCAGAUCAGGGUGUGUAAUGGCCGGUACAGCUGACCGCGGACACGGGGAGGGGCGGAGGGCGCCCUCUGCCGGGCCGCCCGUUCCAGUCUGGGCAGGUUCAGUGUGAAAGGAACGCCGCCAGCGCCAUUCGCGGCCGGUCGCUGACCACUGGACGGUGGAUAAAGAGGGGAGGAGUUGUGUCGCUGUCCCGGCCGGACUGGCCUUUGGCGGUCCACGGCACAGGGGACCCAGUCGGCCCGGUCGCGGCCCACUGAUAGCCCACCAGUGUCGGUCCUCCGUGCCAGUAGCUGCCGUCACGGGAGGGGACACAGGCGUCCGGCUACUCAGUGCCUGUUGUGCACAGCUCACGGUGUAGUGUGCACGGCUCACGGUGUUUUGUGCCCAGCUCACGGUGUAGUGUGCCCAGCUCACGGUGUUUUGUGCCCAGCUCACGGUGUAGUGUGCCCAGCUCACGGUGUUUUGUGCCCAGCUCACGGUGAAGUGUGCACGGCUCAUGGUGUAGUGUGCACGGCUCAUGGUGCACAGCUCACAGUGCCCGAAUCUCAGCGGCUCACGUAAUCUGUGUGUAGCGAGGCCAGCAGUCGGGAACUGAGAGUGGCGGCGGCGCGACUAUCGCAGUGCCUUGGCGAGGGAAGCGCUCGAUGGCCCAGCUCACGCCUGCGUUAUCAAUAUCGCCUCACAUCGACAGCGUAGAGCCGAGUGUGUAUAGGCACUGCAUAGUGUAUGCGUACAUGUUACCGGAGAAGUGAGCGGUAUAAUGCGUGUGAGACGACUACCGUAAUGAGAGCCGCUACCGUUUGAUAUUAUUAUGCUGGCCGUGAUGCGUCCUAAUGGUUCUAGUUGACAGUCCGUAUUUUUGUAAAAUGUAUGACUGGGAGGUUCAUGCUGGCUGAUACGGCCGCACUCGGUCCAAUAACGCGGCUUCUGUUCGGAAGUGUCGCAGCAGCCCGGCUCCGCCGACUUUCCCGCCACUGGUAUGUCCGUCUGUGUGUGGUGUGUGUGAACGUCUGGUCUGAGACCGGUGGUGCUGACAUGUAAUGCUCGAGUACGACCUGUCCUGGUUCAACAGAGCUCGGCGACGUACAGCACACGCACGUCCAAAGCUAACAGUGAAAUAAGACGGUAGGUCCCCAAGCCCUUCAUUGACGAAACUGUGAGUUAUGAGCACCUACUUCACAUAGCGCACGCACAGUAUGGCUGCUCCCUCCCCAGUUCGUCGGAUCGCUCCUCUGUGAGGUUUGAGCCGCGCCCGUGAACCCGCAGCGGGAUGGGACGGCAGUCCCUCCCCCUCCUACUCAGUGAUGGACCUCCGGGAGGUUAGUAGCGCGCGUCCAUGACCACGGUAACUAGCCAGGUCUCGCUUUCAGCUCAUUCCCAGAUAACAAGGGCCUCUGUGACGUGAAAAGCACGUUCGAGGCCAACAUAGGAAUGAAACAGAAUGAAACAUCUCUCUCUCUCUCUCUCUCUCUCUCUCUCUCUCUCUUUCUCUCUCUCUCUCUCUCUCUCUCUCUCUCUCUCUCUCUCUCUCUCUCUCUCUCUCUCUCUCUCUCUCUCUUCUUGC